AUGCGGGGGGGACCGGAACGACCCGGGGCUGCGGGGCGCUUCUUGGCGCUGCUGGCACCUCCACCGCCGACGCCGCCGCUGCUGCUGCUGCUGCUGCUGUCCCUGGCCGCGGCGCUGGACCCCAGCGGGCUCUUCCCCUACGGGCAGUUUAGGGGGGACCAGCUCCUGAAGGAAGGCGACGACGAGAGCUCAGCCGCGGUGAAGCUGGCGAGUCCCCUGCGCUUCUACGAAGCUCAGUUCAGCUACCUCUACGUCGGCACCAACGGCAUCAUCUCCACCCAAGACUUCCCCAGGGAGACCCAGUAUGUGGACGAUGGUUUCCCCACGGACUUCCCGGCCAUUGCUCCCUUUCUGGCCGACAUCGACACGAGCCAGGGCAGAGGCAGGAUCCUGUACCGCGAGGACUCGAGUCCCGAGGUGCUGGACCUGGCCGCCCGCUACGUGCGCACCAGCUUCCCGCGCACCGCCUCGGAUUUCACCCCCACCCACGCCUUCCUGGCCACCUGGGAGCAGGUGGGCGCCUACCAGGAGCCCAGGCUCGGGAUGCCGCCCUCCGGAGAGCUGAAUACUUUCCAGGUAGUUUUGGCAUACGAUGAGUCCGAUACCUACGCCUUCUUUCUCUAUCCUGUCAAUGGCCUUCAUUUCUUUGGAACGCGCCCCAAAGAGUCCUACAAUGUCCAGCUCGAGCUUCCAGCCCGGGUGGGCUUCUGCCGAGGGGAGAUCGAUGACCUGAAGAGAGAAGGACCGUAUUUUAGCUUGACUAGCACUGAACAAUCUGUGAAAAAUCUCUACCAACACAGCAACCUGGGGAUUCCUGGAGUGUGGGCUUUUCAUAUCGGCAGCGUCUCCCCACUGGACAAUGUCAGGCCAGCAACAGUGGGAGGAUCCCUUUCCCAAGCCCGCUCCUCAGCUGCCCGGGAGCAUUCCUUCAGCCAUGCUGCAGCCCUGGAAAGAAACUACAGUGAGGACGAUUUGGAUUAUUAUGGUGAGAAUGAGGAGGAAACUGAAUACCCACCGAGCGAACCGGAGGAGGUGUUGAAAGGCCAUGGCAAUAUCAAUGCUUCCUUCCACGCAAAGGCUGACUCAAGGCCUGUAGGGGGUGGGGUCUCUCCUCCAGGUUCCUACCUGGACUCCCCUUUGCAUCCAACACCCAGAAAUAGGCCAUUCCAUCCUGAAACAGAAUCUGCCUCCUUGGACUCUCAUACCAAAGAAGGGAGGCGUGUGAAGGAGAUGGCCGCCCUAGAUAGAAGAGGCCAGGUGGAGGCUUCGGAACAGCCAUGGACCAGAGGCCCGGCUCCGUCGGAGAGAGAAGAAAAUGUACUGGAUCCUUCCCAGGGAGCCCCACCUCCCGACCUUGAAAACAGAAGCAUCCAGCCAGACGUAGAUGGAGGGGCGCUGCCUUCCGAAAGGGGUGCUGGCCCGGCCGACGGUGAAGGAGAGGUGGUCCUGCCCAGUUACGCCAGGCCAGGUCACACAGCGCCACGGGAUCACGAGAGGCACGCGGAAGGGGCGGAAGAUAACACUUCCAACACUGGGGACUUCUUGUACAGAACUCCCAACAAGGAGACCUGUGAACACAACCACCAAGCAUGCUCCCGGAACGCCUUCUGCACUGACUACGCCACCGGCUUCUGCUGCCACUGCCAGUCCCAGUUUAACGGAAAUGGGGAGCACUGUCUGCCGAGAGGGGCACCUCAUCGGGUCAAUGGGAAGGUGAAUGGCCACCUCCUCGUGGACCACACCCCCGUGACCUUCACGGACGUGGACCUGCAUGCUUACAUUGUGAGCAAUGAUGGCAGAGCCUACACAGCCAUCAGCCACAUCCCACAGCCCGCCGCCCAGGCCCUUCUCCCCCUCACACCCAUCGGAGGCCUGUUUGGCUGGCUCUUCGCUUUAGAGAAACCAGGCUUUGAGAACGGCUUCAGCUUCACAGGUGCUACAUUUACCCAUGACAUGGAAGUUACUUUCUACCCAGGAAAGGAGAGGGUUCGAAUCACUCAAGUUGCUGAGGGGCUUGACCCAGAGGACUAUCUGAUCAUUAAGACCAACAUUCAAGGCCAGGUGCCUUAUAUCCCAGCAGGUUUCACAGCCCACAUGGCUCCCUACAAGGAGCUUUAUCACUACUCGGACGCAGCUGUGACCUCCACAAGUUCCAGAGACUACUCUCUCACCUCUGGUGCCAUCAACCGCACACUGUCCUACCACCUCCAACAGAACAUCACGUACCAGGCGUGCAGGCACGCCCCCAGAGCCCUGGGCACCCCCGCCACCCGGCAGCUGACUGUGGACCGGGCCUUGGCCUUGUACAGUGAUGAGGAAAGAGUGCUUAGGUUUGCUGUGACCAGUGAAAUUGGCCCUGUCGAAGAGUACGCAACCCCCGUGCCAGUGAAUCCUUGCUAUGAUGGGAGUCACACAUGUGGCCCGACAGCUCAGUGCUACCCGGGGACAGGUGUGGACUACACCUGCCAGUGUGCACCUGGGUACCAGGCAGAUGGACGGAGUUGCAUGGAUGUAGAUGAAUGUGCAACUGGCUUCCAUCGCUGUGGCCCCAACUCUGUGUGUAUCAACUUGCCGGGAAGCUACAGGUGUGAGUGCCGGAGCGGUUACAGGUUUGCAGAGGACCAGUACACUUGCGUCUUGAUUGCCCCACCACCCAACCCCUGUGAGGAUGGCAGCCAUACCUGUGCUCCCACUGGCCAGGCCCGGUGCGUUCACCUUGGAGGCAGCACCUUCAGCUGCGUCUGCCUGCCUGGUUACACCGGCAACGGGCACCAGUGCACCGAUGUUGAUGAGUGCUUGGAGAACAGAUGUCACCCCUCGGCUACCUGCUACAACACCCCCGGCUCCUUCUCCUGCCGCUGCCAGCCUGGCUAUCAUGGGGACGGACUUCAGUGCACACCUGACUCCACCUCAGGACUGAAAACCUGUGAGCGUCAGCAUCGCGCCGCCCAGGCUCAGCACCUCUACCCGGGCGUCAGGAUCCACAUCCCCCAGUGCGACGAGCAGGGCCACUUCCUGCCACUGCAGUGCCACGGCAGCACCGGCUUCUGCUGGUGCGUGAACCCCGACGGUCAUGAAGUCCCUGGUACCCGGACGCCACCCGGCUCUAACCCACCUCACUGCGGACCCCCAGCGCCCACCCAGAGGCCCCAGACCAUGUGUGAGCGCUGGAGGGCAAACCUGCUGGAGCACUACGGUGGCGCGCCUAGGGACGACCAGUACGUGCCGCAGUGCGACGACCUGGGCCACUUCACCCCCAUGCAGUGCCACGGGAAGAGUGACUUCUGCUGGUGUGUGGACAGAGACGGCAGAGAGGUGCAGGGCACCCGCUCCCAGCCAGGCUCCACCCCUGCAUGUAUACCCACGGUUGCUCCACCCUUGGUCCGGCCCACGCCUCGGCCUGAUGUGAUUCCUCCGUCCGUGGGCACCUUCCUGCUCUAUGCCCAAGGCCAGCAGAUUGGCUACUUGCCCCUCAGUGGUACUAGGCUUCAGAAGGACACGGCCAGGACCCUGCUGUCGCUGCAUGGCUCCAUAAUUGUGGGAAUUGACUAUGACUGCCGGGAGAGGAUGGUGUACUGGACGGAUGUCGCUGCGCGGACAAUUAGCCGUGUCAGUCUGCAACCGGGAGCAGAGCCUGAGACAAUCAUUAAUUCAGAUCUGAUAAGCCCUGAAGGCCUUGCCAUUGACCACUUUCACAGAACGAUGUACUGGACAGACAGUGGCCUGGAUAGGAUAGAGAGGGCCACGCUGGACGGCUCUGAGCGCAAGGCUCUCUUCCACACGGACCUGGUGAAUCCCCGAGCCAUCACUGUGGAUCCUAUCCGAGGCAACUUGUACUGGACAGACUGGAAUCGAGAUGCUCCUAAAAUUGAAACGUCAUCUUUAUAUGGAGAAAACAGAAGAAUUCUGGUGAAUAAUGACCUUGGACUACCCAAUGGUUUAACCUUUGACCCCGUGUCCAAACUGCUCUGCUGGGCAGAUGCAGGAACCAAAAAACUGGAGUGUACACUGCCUGAUGGAACUGGACGACAUGUCAUUCAAAACAACCUCAACUACCCCUUCAGCAUUGUUAGCUAUGCAGAUCACUUCUACCACACGGACUGGAGGAGGGAUGGUAUUAUAUCAGUCAAUAGAGACAGUGGCCAGUUUACUGAUGAGUAUCUCCCAGAACAGCGAUCUCAUCUCUACGGGAUAACUGCAGUCUACCCCUACUGCCCAGCAGGAAGAAAAUAAAUAUAGCAUCCUAAAGGACUUGAGUUUACAAUCAGAUUCUGGACCCUAAAGAACAUUUACUGCAAACAAAGGUGAAGAAAGUGAAAAAGGAAUUGGCCAUUAAAAGUUCUGGGACAUACAAAAUGGACAUUUUCAGUGCAAAAAGACUAAGUAUAUUUUGUGAAAAGUUUAUACCUCAAUCUUUACUACUGUAUUUUUAAAAACAAAAAUUAUUGCAAGUUUAAAAGAGGUAAUAGAAUUUUAAUUGUUGCUUAUUAAAGCAACUUUUUAUAAACAUUUAUGUCAUAUUUAAAAAGGUCAAAUUUGUUCAACUAAGAACCAAUUAGAAAUAUGUCAAGACCCUAUAUGAGUUCUUUUUGGCCAAGAAAUUAAAGCACAAAUGACCAGUAUAAAAAUAAAACCCUAAAGAUCAUAAAUUUGACAUAGAGAAGGCUAUGCAGAACUGAUGGGAAAGAACCAACUUAUUUAUAGUUUCCCAACAAAAGUUCUAAGACUUAAAAUAUUUUUUACCUCUGCAUUACUUCAUUUCUAUUUAUAUUAAAAGGUGCUAGAACAUUUCAGUUUGUAUUUCCUGUAAGUCCCUCUAUAGAAUAACCCACAGAAAUUACUACAUUUAUAAAUACCAAAGAUGUAUCAGUCCUCAAAUUUUCUAGAUUACUCCAAUAAAAUAUUUUAAGUUUUCUUAUGA